CGCCACCUCCGAAACCGAGGGCCUUACAUCACUCGUAAUUUUCCGUCUCCCUCCUCUAUCGACUCUUAACCCACAACAUCACACACACCACACACGUAUACACCAUGCCACUGCAAUAAUGCCAUCCUUACGCUGCCUAAACGCCCCCUCCGGCGCUCGCCUUUUCGUGCAACUCGCCAGCACAGACAAGCGACCUAUCUCUCUGCCCACAAACCCGACAACGAGCCUCCCCCCGAUCCUCGACAUCCUCGUCCCGCGAUGGACUAGUCACUCGCCAUCCCCGCAAACGAGGGGGCGAGCGCAAUUCAGCACAGCUGCUGCUACCGACUCUGACGCUACUUCUUCCACCCGCUCCGUGUCCCGCGCCCUGCCGUCGGUGAUUGCGCACCCGAGACAACUCGUACAGCGUACCCCGUGGUCAUCGGGAUACCAGCCGCGAACCAGGAAAAGCCUCACCGCAUCGCAGCGACGGACUUUCGCCUCUGCGGCACCCCUGGGCCAUACCCGCUGCGUCUACAACCCGCAGGAAGACGAGGAUGGGAAAGCAAUGAGCAUGGGAAUCACAGACAGGGCUGGCAAGCGCCUUUCCCAAAUCAUGGCCAAGGACGCGAACCCGAACCUCGCCCUCCGCAUCCAAGUCGAGAGCGGCGGGUGCCACGGCUUCCAGUACCUCAUGAGCCUCAUCACCCUCCCCGACCCGGACAGCCCCGACUGGUCGUCCGUCGUGCGGGAAGACGACAGCAUCUUCCAGUAUGCCCCUGACGCGGAGCCGCAGCCCGCCCCGACGACCCCGACCCGGGGCGCGCCCAAGAUCAUCCUCGACCAGCCGUCGCUGGAGCUGCUCAAGGAUAGCAAGGUGGACUUCACCAUGGAGUUGAUCGGGUCGCAGUUCAAGAUUACGGAUAACCCGCAUGCCACGAGCGCGUGCGGCUGUGGGACGAGUUUCGACAUUAAGCUAUAAUGGGUAUCGAGUGUACUGUAUUUAUACAUCCUCCUCCGCAUAGAUUAUUUCACGUCAAGCAGAAAACGAAGCAUUGUUUCAUCGAUGGAACGAACACACGGGAGAAAAUAAUAUAUGGAGCCAGGGCACAGAGAGACGAUUCGAUUGGGAAUCCGAGAUGAAGGUCAUUGAAUGAUCAAAUUCAC